AACAACAGUUUUGCAGUUUCGGUUGUGAUGAUGUUUCAUUUUAACCUUGUUCUGUUGUCUCGGACUCCUGUUUCGAUUGGAAAAAUAGUCUAAACGAUUCGAUUUACCUUUGACGUGUCCUCAGGGCGGCCGCGCAAUGACUUCGUUCGGCAAUCUGAUUGCGGUGGGCCUUUUCAUCAUAGGUCCAGCUUUGUGUAAUCCGAGCCUAAUCGAGAAAUGCAAGUAUGAUUGCAAGCAGAGCUAUGGGUUCGUCGAGCACGGACACUCCAAUGUACCGAUCAAAACUGGGGUAAUGCAGUAUAUACCUCGAAAGUGUAACUGCAUAUUUAACCUCUCGGAACUGAAGCACAUCAUAGACGAAGCGAACCUCGAAGCAGUCGAGACGGAUUAUUGGGAGAUGACACAAUGGUUGAAGGACCACGGUUAUAAAUUGAGGCUCAAUCUGGAGACGUGCGAUCAAGUGUGCGUGCAGGAAGGAGGGUACGUCCAAAAAAAGAAACCACGCAAAUCGGAGCAUAAGAAGAUUGGCAUUUUAAGAAUCAGCGACGCUAACGGGAAGGAAAAGUCAACGGGCAAAAAAGGGCGUAAGGUGUCGUUCCAACACGGGAACGGGGAGGCAGGAUCGCGACUUCACAAAAGCGGGCACGAGGAGACUGGCAAAGACGGGAACCAGCAGGAAGAAUCACACCAUGUCCUGCUCAAAACUGGGCACCUGAAGAAUAUCGAUAAUGAGAUAGGCGAAUGUGAGUGCAGGUACCGCAAAGACUUCUAUCAUUUCCUGGAGCACGAGGGCUGCGACGUGGCCGCAUUCAAAAAACGCGAGGAUAACUCUACGGAGGCAAGAAACUGGUUGAUAGCUGAGGGCUUGUCGGUGAGUGCGAUACAAGCACAUCGCGACGUGUACGAGUUAGAGGAAACGCCCGAUUUGGAAUGUGAGCACAACUGCCGCGUGACUCAGGGAUACGUCGGCUUCAAAAAAAGCCUCUUUAAAAAUGAUCCUCACGGGAGGAUACCAAUCGCCACGGAUGUAGACGAAAACGAUCCUUCGGACACCCAGAUUUUGGCAAUUGAGAUUCCGAGAGACGAACAAGACCCACUGGAGUGUAAAUGCAAAAUCAACCCUGAAGUGUAUCCUCACUUAGAUAAGUUAAAAAUUAACACCUCCCAUUUCAAAACGGCAUUUUUUGAAGGCAAAGCUAAGGGGUGCAAGUGGUUAUGGUGGUGGAAUUUGCGUAAAGGUGGAAAGUAUGUCAAUGUCAUGUGCCCCAAACCACCCAAAAAACCCAAAGAACCCAAAAAAUCCAAACCCCCUCGAAAAACGUCAAGCGACGAUUACGACUACUGAUGAGGGGUAAGAGCCAUUGCCCCGAAAAAGAAGAAGAGGAGGACAAAGAAAAAACUUCGCCGUUUUCCGACUUCGGAAUUGACCAUAACGAGAAAUAGGGGAGAAAGGAAAGUGGAGGAAAGAGGAAGGGAGGACGCUUGAAGUUUAAGAAUUGCUCUUCCUGUUUCACUCGAAGGUGAUGGGUGUCUCAUCCUUUCUUCCCCUAGAUAUAUGAAUAUUAUGAGACAUAUGACGGACGUAUGAUUGAGGUAGGGUUUGUAAUUUUUCUUUUCACAUUACAGCGUCAUUAUACAGUGCUUCCAUGGAGGAUUGGAAAAAAAACUAAAAACAUCAGCUUGCAUAUUUUAUACCGUGGAAUGCGGCAAAGUUGCUAACUUAUUUUCGCCAAAAUUAAUUGUCGGCUUGACUGUAUUGUUCCCUAGCACUCGGUGUUUAGGUAAAUAAAAUAAAAGUGUUUUAAUCAUAAAUGGCACGCAUCCCGUUCAUGUCGUAAAGACUACGUCACGGUCCAGUCUAGCUGCCUUAAAGUUCAACAAUUUCUCUUCAUCUGUUUCACUCGGAGGUGAUGGGUGUCCCAUCCUUUCUUCCCCUAGAUAUAUGAAUAUGAUGAGAUUAUGACCUUUUCUAGCUGCCAAAAAUCUUAAUGAUCUUUUGCACUCUCCCUCUGAGGAGAUGAGGAUCUCUUCGCCUCUCUAUUUGGAGAUGCUAGCUAUCUCCUCGUAUUUUUAUCUGCAGAUGGUGGCUGCCCCUCCAAUCUCCUCCUAUUCGUUUUGAGUCCUUCCGGAAAUGAGGAGAAGGUGUCAGCUCCCAACAUGUAGCACUGCAGCGAUUAAAAACAAUGGGAAGAAAGGAUUUCCGGAAGGACUCAAAACGAAUAGGUGGAGAGUGGAGGAGCAGCCACCAUCUGCAGAUAAAAAUACGAGGAGAUCGCUAGCAUCUCCAAAUAGAGAGGCGAGGAGAUCCUCAUCUCCUCAGAGGGAGAGUGCGAAAGAUCAUUAAGAUUUUAGGCAGCUAGAAAAGGUCAUGAUCUCAUCAUAUUCAUAUAUCUAGGGGAAGAAAGGAUGGGACACCCAUCACCUCCGAGUGAAACAGAUGAAGAGAAAUUGUUGAACUUUAAGGCAGCUAGACUGGACCGUGGCGUAGUCUUUACGAUAUGAACGGGAUGCAUGCCAUUUAUGAUUAAAAUACUUUUAUUUUAUUUUCCUAAACACCGAGGGCUAAGGAACAAUACAGCCAAGACGAAAAUUUUGGCGAAAAUAAGUUAGCAACUCUGCCGCAUUCCACGGUAUAAAAUAUGCAAGCUGAUGUUUUUAGUUUUUUUCCAAUCCUCCAUAGAAGUACUGUAUAAUGACGCUGUAAUGUUUAAAGAAAAAUUGCAAACCCUAUCUCAAUCAUACGUCCGUCAUAUGUCUCAUUACAUUCAUAUAUCUAGGGGAAGAAAGGAUGAGACACUCAUCACCUUCUAGUGAAACAGAGGAAGAGCAAUUGUUAAACUUCGAUAUAUUUAGUAAUUAUUCUUGACGAAAUUGACCGUUCCUUUCUCCUCUAUUUCUCACUAUGGUCAAUUCCGAAGUCGGAAAAUGGCGAAGUUUUUUCUUUGUCCUUUAAAUCUGUCAGUUAGCAGGCAGGCGGUAUUGUGUUUUAAACUUUGCAGCAUGCUUAGUUUAUUUAUGAGAAUGUUUUAUUAUUAAUUAAUCUCAUUUUAUUGUGACUUUAAAAUCUAUUUCUGUCAAAUGUUUAAAUAAAAUAUGAUAUUAUUUGCGUUAAGAUUUAA